AUGACUUAUAGAAAAAACAAAUUAAUCAUUUCUAAAAAUAUGACUAGUUACAAGCAGCUUUAUAGGAUGCAUUUGUUAAUUCUAAUAGCAAAUAUAACUCUCCAAGUCUAACUGACUAUAAUAGUACAUAAAAGUAUUAUCAAGAUAACUUAAUCCCUAGUAAUAAUACUUACUUUAGUCCAAGUGAGAAAAAAGGUGUUGAAGAAAAUAAUAAUUUAUAAGGAGAUGAUAACUAUCCUAGUCUAGUUUCUCCAGAAUUUUAAGAAAAUGAAAAAAACAAAAGAUCUAAACAACUUCUAAAAGAUUAAUUAAUAAGAGAAAAUGAAAACUAAAAUGAGUCUCAAAAAAAUUUAGAAAACAAUUAAAAAGAAUAAAUUUAAAACAUAUAAAACGAUUAAUAAAAUAAAGAUGAUUUAAAUGAUUUUGAACAAUAAGACGAAUUAAAUAAAAUAAAGAGAUCAAAAAAUUAAAAAAAUAGUUUUGAAAAAUAGUAAGUGCAUAGUGAUCUUUAAAAUGAAGAUAGUGAAUACGAUAACGAAUUUCUGA